UUCUCGCACCUGAUUGGCUGCUCGACCGGAAGUAAACAUCAUGUGACGUCGUAAGUCAGCUGAUCCGCCGUAGACAUCUUUACGGAGUCACGACUGCGGCGAUUAAUUCAUACCUUCUCCUCUGCGAUUCUCGGGCCCCCGCGGAUCUUUGACAGCUGCAACCAUGGCGCUCAGCGAUGCCGACGUACAGAAGCAGAUCAAGCACAUGAUGGCCUUCAUUGAACAGGAGGCCAAUGAGAAGGCAGAGGAAAUUGAUGCAAAGGCGGAAGAAGAGUUCAACAUCGAGAAGGGCCGUCUGGUCCAGACUCAGAGGCUGAAGAUAAUGGAGUACUACGAGAAGAAAGAGAAGCAGAUCGAGCAGCAGAAGAAAAUUCAGAUGUCUAACCUCAUGAACCAGGCUCGACUGAAGGUGUUGAAGGCGCGCGAUGAUAUGAUCUCGGAAAUGCUGAAUGAGGCCCGCCAGCGGCUCACUAGCGUCGCAAAAGACCCGGCCAGGUAUCCUGCUCUGAUGGAUGGUUUGCUCUUACAGGGAUUCUAUCAGCUCCUGGAGCCCAAAGUGACUGUUCGCUGUCGUAAACAGGACCUGCAGAUGGUGCAGGCUUCCAUCCAGAGGAAUAUUCCCAUAUAUAAAGCAGCUGUGAAGACCAACCUGGAGGUCCGCAUCGACCAGGAAAACUUCAUCUCCCCAGACAUCUCUGGAGGCGUUGAGAUUUAUAACGGAGACGGGAAGAUCAAGGUGGCCAACACCCUGGAGAGCAGACUGGACCUCAUGGCUCAGCAGAUGAUGCCUGAAAUCCGAGUGGCUCUCUUCGGUGCCAACCCAAACCGCAAGUUUAUGGACUGAGUUCCUCUCCAGUUGUAUUAGAGACAAACUCUCCCUUUUUUUUCUGGUUAUUUUUAUUUUGUCAUAUGAAAAAAAAGAAACACGUCAUUCCUCUUGUCUGUGACACGAAUUUAUGAUGCAGAAGAGUCGCGUUGUUGUUGUGUGAUGUAUUGCUGUAUUUCUCUGUGCAUUUAAGGGACGCGGUCGACGCUGCAGCUCUCUAACUCGCCGUCUACAGAUGUGCGUCCUCGGUACUGCACAGCUGUACUGACCGGUUUACUCUGCUGCUUCCCCCUCCGAGGGUCCCAGUUUACACUGAUUAGUCAGGGAGAUGAGGUCGGGUGAUUUCCUGGACAUUUAAUAGGCUGCCCUCUAAAUUGGAUCACUUUUCAUGACAAGCAAAGCAUCUGUGUCCCUGGUUCAUUAACCACCACCCUACAGUAAAAGUUGUGUGGGGCAUUGUGUCACUAAUGGGUGUCUGCUCCAACCAAUCACAGAGAAAAAAAACAAAAAACACCCUAUAGGAAAACUGAUGCCCGGACACGACCUUAAACAAUUAAUUUAUUGAUGUUACAUCGCAGUCGAACGAGUGGGGGGGGUUAUCAUUCCAGAGGGUGCACUGUAUGUAUAUGAGGUUUCCAGAUUAAAUUAUACGUAUGUGUGGUUGUCAUUUUUUGGUUUUAUUUGUUUCUUUUUCUUUAUUGAUUGUGUCUCAAACUGAAAAUGUUAUAUUGUGGAAAUGUAAAACCUAAUAAAAUAUAAAUCAUUAGUAUCA